CCUCUCCUGGGAAAUAGUGCUCUGCUCUCAGCUGUCAUCCACUGACAGACAGCGAGCAGAAGAGCACACAUCAAGAGCCACAAUGACAGAACCGACGUCUAAAAAACAGGGAUUUAAAAAGUGUCGGAGUGCCACAUUCAGCAUUGAUGGCUUCAGCUUCACCAUUGUGACAGCUGAAGGUAGAAAGGAAAGGAGGGCAGAGAGAGGGGAUGACACUCAGCAAAGAGCCGUAGGUCGGAUUCAAACCCUGGGCCGCUGCAGCAAGGACUCAGCCUUGGUACAUGGGACGCCAGCUCUACCAACUGAGCUAACCGUGCGCCCCAGAAGCAAAGUUGCCAAUGAGUCAGGAGAAAGCAAACGCCGUCCACUGGCCUGCUUUGCACGCUCACGGUCCCAGAAUGCACUAUGCACUGCAGUCACAGCCAGUUCUGGCAUCACUGAGCACAAAGGAAUUCUAAUCGACCCACGCAGCACCGAGGAGAUCCUGGCUGAUGAUCUGCCAAUCCCUGACGAACCUGACGUCAUGGAGAAGACUGCUAUCAGGUUGCGAUGUCUUGUAAAGCAGCUGGAGAGGGGAGAGGCAUCUGUGGUGGACCUGAAGAAAAACCUCGAGUAUGCCGCCUCAGUCCUUGAAUCUCUAUACACGGAGGAAGCAAGGCGGCUGGUGGAUCCAGAGGAUGAACUGAGUGACAUCCAGUCUGACUCAGUGCCGUCAGAAGUUCGUGAUUGGCUGGCCUCCACUUUUACCCGGCAGAGGGGCCUGAUGCUGCGUCGCAAUGAAGACAAGCCACGCUUUCGCAGCAUAGUCCAUGCAGUGCAGGCUGGCAUCUUUGUGGAGAGGAUGUACAGACGAACUUCCAACAUGGCUGGUCUCAGUUAUCCCCCAAAUGCCAUCACUGCGCUCAAGCAUGUGGACAUGUGGUCCUUCGAUGUGUUUGCACUCAAUGAUGCUAGCGGAGACCACGCUCUGAAAUUUGUCUUCUAUGAACUGCUUACCAGAUAUGACUUGAUCAAUCGUUUCAAGGUCCCUGUUUCUGCUCUCAUUUCAUUUGUGGACUCUUUGGAGGUGGGCUACAGCAAACACAAGAACCCAUACCACAACCUGAUGCAUGCUGCUGAUGUCACCCAGACCAUCCAUUACCUGCUCCUUAAGACUGGCAUGGUGCACUGGCUUACUGAGUUGGAGAUCUUUGCCAUAAUUUUUGCAGCUGCCAUCCAUGACUUUGAACAUACAGGAACCACCAAUAACUUCCAUAUUCAGACUAGGUCAGACACAGCCAUGUUGUACAAUGACCGAGCUGUUCUGGAGAACCACCAUGUCAGCGCUGCCUAUCGUCUUCUACAGGAUGAUGAUGAAAUGAACAUCUUCUCCAAUCUCUCCAAAGAUGACUGGAGAGAACUACGGACUCUGGUAGUAGAGAUGGUGUUGGCCACUGACAUGUCCUGCCACUUCCAGCAGAUCAAAGCCAUGAAGGGCUUCCUGCAGCAGCCUGAUGCGAUUGACAAACCGAAGGCCUUAUCCCUGUUGCUGCACACUGCUGAUAUCAGCCACCCUGCCAAACGGUGGGACAUCCAUCAUCGCUGGACCACAUCUCUGCUGGAGGAGUUCUUCAGACAGGGUGAUAAAGAAGCAGAGCUAGGUCUACCUUUCUCCCCUCUCUGUGACCGCAAAUCCACCAUGGUGGCCCAGUCCCAGAUCGGAUUCAUUGACUUCAUUGUUGAGCCAACAUUUACCGUGCUGACGGACAUGAUCGAGAAGAUUGUGACACCGCUCAUUGAGGAGGCAUCCCACUCUGGACUGCCUGGCUUCAGACGAUGCAGUGUCAACAGUAUUAGUGGCAGUGAUGGAAAGCAUUCCAGUGUGAAGAGUACAGGCUCAGAGGGCAGCUGCUCUUUGACCACAGUGGACUUCAAAAGCUUCAAGGGCACAUGGAACCAAGAAAUUCGUCACAACAGGGAUACAUGGAAGGCCCAGGCAGCCAAAGACCUGGAGGCAAAUGCGAAGACAAAGGCAGAGGAGGGCGGCCAGGGAGAGAAGGAGACAAAAGAGGAGAGAGAGUCAAAGAGACUCAACACAGAACAGGAUGAGAUGAAAACAGACAUGGAGGAACAGGAGGAGGUUGAGAACAGGAGGCAGCAGGAGAAGCGGCAACCUAAAGAGGAGAGAGGAGACAAUAAUCCAGGAGGGGCUGCAGGCUCCCUACAGGGAUCAGGUCUAAAUCACACAGACAAGAAGAAGCCUCACGGCCACACAGAGAAGCAGCAGCGGCACUCUUACAAUGACCUUCAGCCUGACUGCCCCCUGAUCCAUUACUGCAAGAGACCCAGCUACUGUGCCAGCUCCUAUCGGCUUGUCAGGUCAAAGGUCACUGAGAUGCGACCUAUUGAUGCCAGGGGAAAAGCCAGGAGACUGCAGUGCAUCUCCCUGCGUCGCCAAAAGUGAUGAGGUGUAGAGUGUGACAUCAGUGUGAUGUCACAUCAGAACAUACUACUAUAAUAAUCAGUCUGUGUUUAUAUUCGCAUAUUGCAGUAUUUAAUCGUAUCUUUUGUUUCAUUUUAAUCUGGUAUGGAUCACGCUGCUGCCUCAACACUGUCUCCAUGUGAUAUGUCUCCCCUUUGCCACUGCUAACGGCUCCUUUAUCUGGACUUAUCACUUCUUUUAAAUCUCCUCGAAAUAGUUUAUAUGCUUUUACUUAGUUUUGUCAUCUGUAAUUUUACAAUGUCGGAUGUUGAUAUUCAAUGAGGCCUAAGUGUCAAAAAAUUAGGUAAACGUGUGUAAAAGUAAUCCCUGUGAGAAAAUGGUAAAAUGGACUGUACUUAUAUAGCACCUUUCUAGUCUUUCGACCACUCAAUGCGCUGUACAUUACAUGCCACACUUACCACCAUAUUAAAGUGGCCAACUUUACAGCAGAAAUAAACAUGUUUACAGCCUGGUACAAAAAAAAUUCUUUGGUGUAUAAAGCUCAUUUCCCCAUUUACGACAACUGUAUGGGGAGUUCAUUUUUAUAUAACUCAUUGGUGAACUGCAGGUGCACUCUGAUGUUAUAGUGAAAUGUCAGUGGCAGUUUAUGAGCUGAGUAAAAAAUAAAUACAAGGUUAAGUUGUUGAGUAUUAUUCAGUCUUUUAUGUUCAGGUUUUAUGUUUGAUGUUCUCCGUCACAAAGCACUAGUUUUAUUUGUUUGAGGAUACUGUGCUGCCAAAUGGUGGUUUACAGAUCAAACAGAGUAACACAUUACCUACAAGUUGCAUUUAUUCUUAAUAUAUUUCUUAUAUGAUUUGAUUGUGAGAUAUAGUACAGUUAGGACCUAAAUAGUGUUUGCUUGUUGUCAUCAUAUAAAUGGCGCCACCAAACUAUUAUUUAUUUGCUCAUCAUCAUUUUAUUAAUUAACUGUUCCCCACAACAUCUGCCUCUGGCUGCGGAUUUGUGGUGCUGUGUGUUCACAUCCUCUCACUCUGCACCAUCUAGCCAGCAAUACGAUUACCAGGAGAAGCUGUUUCUUUAUUUGUUGAGUUGUUGUCACAAUGUUGCUCUGUGGCUACCUUAAUAUUCCACCCAUAUGUGAUACUCAGGGUUAAUAAAUAAUAUAUUUAAGUAAUGAUAUUUAAUUUAUUAUUAUUUGCUCCCAUCAGCCACAAGAGUAUUAGUGAGUCCCAGCAGUGAUGUGGGUGAUAAUGUCUGGAUCACAGUCAGUGUUCCAGUUCAUCCCAAAGCUGUUGGACGAGGUGGAGGUCAGUUCAUCCACACCACACAGAGAAAACCAUUUAUUUACUGUCUAAAAUACAACUGUAUGCUGCAUGUUGAAGUAUCCUUGAGCAAGAUACUGAACCCUAAAUUGCUCCCAAUGCUGUGCAUCAGUGUAUACAUUUGUAUGAAUGAGUAUUAGUUUCUGUUUGUAUGUAUGUGUUUGAAUGGGUGGAUGUGGCAUGUAGUGUAAAGCGCUUUGAGUGGUCAGAAGACUAGAAAGGCGCACAAAAUCCCUACUUACUGUAACACUUCUCUCCACAAGAGAAAUCCCUGUCAUAAUACCCACUUUUGAGACUUGGUGACUGACGGGUGUGUGUGGCCAGUGAACUACCUUACCGUUGAGCUUUAUCAAUGUCAAAAACAUUAAUUCUGCUUUAUAUUUUCCUUUGCAGGGAUGUGAGUAAAAAAGGAGCAAGGAGACAUUGUAAAAAUUACAUGUUAGGUCAAAACAACAUUUAAUGAGACUGAACAUAAAAACAGUUGACAACAAAAUCAAAUUUAAAUAAAGGCUUUAAUCCUUUACAUCAUUUUCCUCAUCUUCUAAGUGGACCAUCUGCUUCUCCGCUUUCAGCAGUCUCACUCCUAAAGAGUAGGAAAACACAGGUUGUCAGCUCACAAUUUUCCUGUACUGUGAGGAAUUAUUAGCAAAUUUUUGACUGUGAUAAACUGUCAGUUUGUUUCCAACCUGUUUGAUCGUCUGAAGUGAUGUUGUCAAGUUCACAAGUAUCAAUCUAUCAAUUACCUUGAUCAGUAUGUUAUCAUAACUGGCAGGUUAAGGUUAGGUCAUCAUAACAUCACAUGUUACAGCUGCAGGGAACACUACAUUAGUGAAGUGUUAUUAUGGAUCCCACUGCUUUUCAUUGCAAGACACACCCUGCAGCACAUUCCAGUUCUAAUGUGGUUAUUGUUGUCAAAACAUCUAUUUUUUCACAAACCUAACUACCGGUACCUAACCAAGUGUUUAGAAAGUGCAAAUGAAAACUCAAGGUAAUUUUAAAAGAAACAAAAACUAAAAGUCAUGUAAAUCUAAGUCUGCCUCACAGGGGAGAUACAGACAACAUCAGCUAUCUGUGAAAACCAGACCAAAACAACUCCUAGCAUCUACUAGCAAGAGGUCAAAGGUCAUGGGCCAGGAGUCAGUGGUUGGCCUGAGAAAGAGGACAUUGACAGAUUUCUCCGCUCAUAUACUACCAUCAGUUAUUCAAUUAAAUUUAAUUCAAUUAAAUUUUAUUUGUAUAGCGCCAAUUCAUAACAGAAGUUAUCUCAGGACACUUUUCAAAUAGAUCAGGUCUAGACCGAACUCCUUAUAACAUUUACAGAGACCCAACAGUACCACCAUGAGCAAGCACUUAGCGACGGGGGCAAGGAAAAACUUCUUUUAAGAGGCAGAAACCUAGGACAGAUCCUUCGGCACUAGGUGGGUGGUCAUCUGCUUUGACCAAGUUAUCAAGUGACCAAAGUUCCAUCAAAAGUCACAUGAUGCUGAUGAUGACCAUAGGAUGUGGUUGAAAGCCCCAGAAAAAGCUAGUGAGUGAGCAGUGACUUAAAAUAAUUUUAACAUAACAUAAACAUGGAUACGUUUAAGUUCAAGUUCAUCAAUGAAGAAAAUCAUUGUUAAUAUAUGUGGGAUUAGGGUGAUUUUUUGGUUCAGUGGUUGGAGUUAGGGUGAGGGUUAUGGUUAAGCAAGUAGUGGUUAGGUAGUGAAUAGGGUGUCCAGGAAAUGAAUGUUAGUCUUGUGUGUGUGUGUGUGUGUGUGUGUGUGUGUGUGUGUGUGUGUGUGCGCUGACCUGGUAUAUGUGGAGGAGAGUUGAGGACGGGUGUGUCUUUUCUGCGAGGUUUCUUAAACUGUUUUUCCUCCUGAUUCUCUGCACAGCAAGCCUCCUCCUCCUCCUCUUCAUCAUCCUUCAUCUCUGACUUCCUGUCCACCAGGCUCUCCAGCACCUCCUGGUCUGUCAGACAAACUAAUACAUUGUCAAACAACUUCAGCAUACCUGUCUCCGUAGAAAAGACCUUAGGUGACAGCUCUGCAUUUGGUUUUCUGUAAUUCUAUUCUAUUAUUUGCAUUUCUAGUUCUAAAAAAAGGAAAUGUAUUGGUGUCAGAAGCAUCUUCUAAAAAACUGGUUUCAGGCUUUCCACCAUAUGCUGGGACGUGGCUGCAAGGAUUUACUCCCAUCAGCCACAUUGGUGAGUCCCAGCAUUGAUGUUGGGUGAUAAGGUCUGACUCACAGUCAGUGUUCCAGUUCAUCCCAAAACUGUUGAAUUAGGUUGAGGUCAGGGCUCUGCAGACCAGUUAGACCGGUUGGUCUUCCACACACUAAACUGGGAAAACAAUUCCUUUAUGGAGGUGGCUUUGUGUUAUCAUGUUGAAACAACAAAGGGCCAAACAUAAAAUUGAAAGAAGCUGCAGAGCUCCAAUCAGUUAUUUUUAUUUCCAAGAAAGGCAGAAUUUAUUGCUGGGGGGAAAAAAAUAUUUGCCUACUUUUGGAGCAUUGCUCAUCACAUAAGAUCUUUACUGUAAACAGACGGAUGGGGACAAAAUCCAAUCAAUUGACAAACUGACUACAAUUAUUUUUCCAUUGAAAAUUGUGGAGAAAUUAUUUUAUUGAUAUUGAUUCAUUUUUCAUUUGUGCCAUUUUGUAAGAUUUUUCUUUAUCUGAAACACAGUGUAAGUGGCUUUGGGAUCAAAACAUAUUAUUAAUAUUAUUAAUAAAAAUGGACAGAGCUCUGUGCUUACAGUG